AUGUUUGGCUUUCGUCCACAGUACUGGUCGCUCAUUACGCUGCUUCUCGCUCUUGUUCACCCCUCCGCAUCUCACCCCAUUCGCACACCCAAAUGGAUUAAAAGGGAUCAAUUCGCGGACCCGGAAUCUCGGGGAGUAUGGAAGGUUUUUGAGAAAACCGGAUACAAAUAUGGGGUUGAGCUACCACAGGCCAAGUCUAUGGAGAUAUCCUCUAUCACACAAAAUGACGACAGCUCAAUUGAGAAAGGUCCUCCCGGACUCCACUAUAAACACGACCUGUCUUAUGGAAAAUCAACCGUAUCAGUCUUGGUACCCGUUGCACCGGACUCGUUACCGCCACCACCACAGGCUGAACAUCACCGCCAUGAUGCACAAGGUAAACCUCAGGAGCCAUCCUUCGAGGUGAAAACCUAUGCCGAUCACUAUGGAGAAAUCUUGGGCCACCCGCAAUCCUACAGGGGGAAGCGGACGGGGGAAACCGUAACUUUCUCGUCCGCAAAGUUCAAACUAGCAUCCGGCCAUUCUAUCUCGUUCUUCUCUUACCGGAUCCCACUUCCUUUCUUGAAAUUUGCACCGGCCAAUUUCCCGCAAUACCCACUUCCUGGAAUAUUUACGACGGUCAUGGUCCUCCUUGCAAUGGUGUGGAUCGCGAUUUUCAUGAUCGGACUGGUCGAGCUUGGCAACUAUCUAUGGAAACGAAGGGCCGCGAGACAAGCUGAAAGGGAGGGAAAUAGGAGCGAGGGGCUUUCCGAAGAGUCUGAAGAAUUGAUCAAAGCACCAAUGCACGUUAUGGUAGCUGCAAGAGUCGAGACGGAUUGCCGGGAUGAAGUGGCUACUUUGUUGUCGAGUGGAUCCGAGUCGGACUCCGGAUCGGAUUCGGAGAGGGAUGACUAUCGGUUUUGA